AUGUCGAUGGACGAUGGUUCCUCAAAGAAACCGGCUGCUGAUGGGCGGUCUCGCUCAAGUCAGCCGGUCCUACAGUCCCCUGGACCCGACUCGAACUUCCUCGAUUGGGAGCUCGUAAUCACGGCGUACUUUGACUCGGUUGGAAUCGACUACGUGAUCGAGUCCCCUCUUCCUGAACGCCCCUCUCCUGCCUGGACGGCCGAUAACAAGACCGUUUGCGCCAUUCUAACGCAAACCAUCGACUCGUCUAAUCUAAUUGCAAUUCGUCCCUACAAGCGUAACGCGCACGGCAUGUGGAACGCCAUCGUCCGCGCGCAUCAAGACUCGUCAACAGGCGGCAGAGUCUACUGGCUCCGAAAACUUCUUCUAACGAAGAUGGACGGCGACGACGUCCUUACGCACAUUAACACCAUGGCGAAGGCGUACGAUCGUCUUAACUCCCUUGUGACGACCGAUAAACCUCUCACCGUCGCUGAUGUUCAUUCAGCCGCGUUGCUCAGCUCCAUCCCAGAUGAUUGGAUGGGCUGUGUCUCCCACCUUAUGAACCAAGAAGGUACCAAGACUAAGCCUAACAACGGUAAGCGACCCGGUGAUCGCAACAAGAAGCGCCACUGCGACUUUUGUAAUGCAGAUGGCCACAAUCUAAAUAACUGCAACAAUACUCGCCGAAUCCUUGACGAGCAUAAAGCGGGCGAUGAUAAUCGCACUCCCCUCCCCUCCCCGCCCGCCCACGCCCACGCCCCUCCAAAAGGGGUGUGCAAUCACACCCGCCCGUCUCUGAGGGGCGGGUUUGAUCGCACGCCCCUCGGAGUUCUGAUUUCCCAAGGAAACAGGCUUCCGAGGGGCGGGCAGAAGAACCCGCCCCUCAGAGACGGGCGGGAGGAGGAAAUCGUUGAGCUUAUUUAG